ACCUGUGACAUCAAGAUCAAGACCACGGGCGGGCAGAGAGAACAGACGUGUGUGUGAGCGGCUCCGAGAUUGUUUAGGAACUCCGUCUGCCCUGCUGCAGUGUUGUUGGUGGUGCCGAUAUGAAGGCCUGACUCUCCAACGGGUCACCUGAACAGCAAGAGCAAGAGCACACCCACUGAGGCGCCGCUGCUGAGUGUAUAUUUGGGUCUUUAGAUGCCAUGGUCCAUGGCCUAACCAGCCCCUGAAACACUGAAGAAGAAGAAGAGGCUGUGGUCCAUGGCCUAACCAGCCCCUGAAACACUGAAGAAGAAGAAGAGGCUGUGGUCCAUGGCCUAACCAGCCCCUGAAACACUGAAGAAGAAGAAGAGGCUGUGGUCCAUGGCCUAACCAGCCCCUGAAACACUGAAGAAGAAGAAGAGGCUGUGGUCCAUGGCCUAACCAGCCCCUGAAACACUGAAGAAGAAGAAGAGGCUGUGGUCCAUGGCCUAACCAGCCCCCGAAACACUGAAGAAGAAGAAUCCUUGUCCCCAAACUGCCUGCUGCCGUCACUGGUACUACGAUUGUGACUACUACUACACUUCCUGUUCACCGCACUGACGACCAAGUCCAGCACAGCAACAACGGCUUCCUUCAGGUGUGGAGAAAAGAGAACGAGGACAACACAACACACUGAGCCGCCGCACAGGUCGGGGCCGCCUCACCUGCGGGGCUGGACAGCAGCAUGAGUGGCCAGGACAAGCAGGAGCAGACUGCUGCAGGCAGCAGGAGGGUCAGUGGUCAUCAGGCGAAGCAACUUGCUGCUGGCAACUCCAGCAACAAAGGAGAGAGGAAGUUUGUGUGUCUGGAGUGUGGAAAAGGAUUCACCUCAAGGCAAGGCCUCAGAUAUCACACCCUUACACACACUGGUGUAAAGAACUAUGAAUGUAAGGAAUGUGGGAAAAAAUUCAGCCGGAAGAGUACCCUUAAGACACACACCCUUACACACACUGGUGUAAAGAACUAUGAAUGUAAGGAAUGUGGGAAACAAUUCAAUCAGAAGAGUAACCUUGAUGCACACACCCUUACACACACUGGUGUAAAGAACUAUGAAUGUAAGGAAUGUGGGAAACAAUUCAGCUGGAAGAGUAACCUUAAUAAACACACCCUUACACACACUGGUGUAAAGAGCUAUGAAUGUAAGGAAUGUGGGAAACAAUUCAGCCUGAAGAGUAACCUUAAUAAACACACCCUUACACACACUGGUGUAAAGAACUAUGAAUGUAAGGAAUGUGGGAAAAAAUUCAUUCAGAAGGGUUCCCUUGAUAAACACACCCUUACACACACUGGUGUUAAAAGUCAUGAGUGUGAAGAGUGCGGGAAGAGAUUCAGUUUGAAGUGGACUCUUAACGAACACGUCUUCAGGCACUAUGACAUUAGGGAGUUCAAGUGUGAUGUUUGUGGAAAGCUCUUUAAGACAAAGAGUGACAUUGCCAGUCACAUGAAGACCCACUUCUGAACUGUGUCUGUCUACAUUAAUUAUAUAGACCAGGUUGUUAGCAGCAGCUGAGCCUGACAGGGAGAGGUCAAAGUGAUCAUGUAAGAUAAAGAAGAAAGAAGGUUUGCCUGUGAAGUGAUGGGAGGAGAGGAGCCACACGAAGAAGUGGAAGGGGAAAUACUAAUGGCUGACUUUCCACAGCUGUGGCAGCUGCACUGGGCCUGGAGCCCAAUUGAGGCUCACAACUACAUGAACUACUUGAUCCUCUGCAAGGUCGGCCAGUGUGGAGGGGCUGCAGUGGUCUGGCGGUCAGGGGUCCAGGCUGCUGAUCGGAGGGGUGACAGUUUGCGCCUCUCCCCGGCAGCUGUUGGUGGGAUGCGCACGCACUGGCAUGCACUGGGCUGCUUGACAAUGGUGCUCUGUCCCCCUCCCUUGGGCUGUGUCGCCAAUAAGUGGUGAAAAAGUUAAAUGACUGAUUGAACAGCUCUGAAUGCCUGCAACCAUCAAGGACGACAGGAAUUGGCCAGGAAAGUUGUUAUUUAAUAAAAAUUGAAAAAAAAAAAAAGAAACAUAGGAAAAGAUGAAUAUUAUAGGAAAGAAAUAUCAACAUGCCAGAAGUGUCACUGCCAAGGCAAUACUUGGAUCCCACAGCAACAGUCUCACCUCAACUCUCCCUGACCUUGUUGUUGGCAGGGUGUGCUGGCCUUUGCCUCCCUCCCCCCUGCUGCCACCAUGCUGAGAAAGGACUGAGAGAGAAGCAGACGGCCCAUGAAGUGAUACAAGGCGACAGAGGUGGCAACAAGAGGAACUGACUUGGAGUGGCCGUGGCAGUACAGUUUCCUGACGUUCUUCACAAAGGGUUCUUCAGGCGCGAGAGGCUGGAGGAGAUGAAGGCACACCGGGCGAUGCUGCAGCGUGCCCCCACCGGCGUCAGUAACCCAGCAGCCAUCGGGGAGCAGAGCCACAGCCGCCAGCCGCCGGUGUACGUACUGCCUGUGUUGGGCUGGCCGGGUUAUCGUAGACACAGCGCCACGCCAAAGAUUCCCAAGUGUUGUAGUGACGUGAGCAGGAUAUUUUCCUGCCGCCUUCCUGCCGCUCUGCCAGACUUCACCGUUGGAGGGACUGUCAUUCCCUUGUGUACCCAGUACUGUUACCUUGGCGCACCUGUCAAGAUCUCAACAGUCUUCCCCGCCGGGCGUCAGACCCAUCCUCCCACCCAUGACUUGUUGGAUUGCCUCCAGAGACGGCUUCAACCUCUCCAGUGGCUCACUAACAACUCUUCGGGCAUCUCCAUUCCUGUGGCCAGGACCAUAUAUAUUACUUUCAUUCGCUCUGUUGUUGAUUACCUCUCCCCUGCCUUGGUACAACUUCCCCGAACUACUUUAGAGCCCUUAGAAAUUGUUCAGAAGAGAGCGAUGAGAGUCAUUCUCAGGUGUCCCAUGUCUACCAGGAUUGAAAAUAUGCAAUGCGAGCUACGUCUUCCACCCUUGGUCGAGAGAAUUUAUUCUAAUGUCACUCGCCUCACUGUUAAGUGCCUCCAUUUCCCACAUCUCUCGCCCCACUACUCGCAGCUGAUCAGGAUGUCGCUUGGACCCGCUCGACCUGUUCCUCCUAUAUUGCCCGCUGGUCGCGCCCUUAUUCGGUCUGUCUCUUCCUUGAUGCGCAGUCUUGAUUUGGAUAUUCCUGCUGCUGACGUUCCCCCAGGCCCGCCCCCAUGGCUGUUGCCAAUGCCAGAGGUAAGCCUAACUCCUGCAUCCAAGUCGGACCCGCCUCCCUUACAGCUGCAGUUGGCCCUGGAACACGUAGCAACAGUGAUGUCCUCCAUCACAGCUCCACACUGCCUCUACACUGACGGGUCACUGCAAUCGGACGGUGCGGCUGGUUGUGCACUCUUCUCUCCUGACUUGGAGCCUCCUCCUGGGGGAUGAGUUGGCCGUCGCCUCCGUGACCACUCCAGCUCCACAUUGUGUGAGCUAUGUGCCAUACUAGAUGCCGUCAGCCUCGUUUGUCAAAGGGGAGUAAAUGCUGCCAUUAUUUGUGAUUCUAAGCCUGCCCUUCAGUCCCUGUCUGCUGUUCAGCCCACCCACCCUCAAGUCGUUCAACAGAUCCUGUCCUUUCUAUCUUUAACCCUCUGAGUACCGCGCUAUGGCGAGAAAACUAGUACACCCCAUACCGCACUAUGUGCAAAUUUUUUUUUUUUCUUUCAAAACACUCGAAUCUAUCCCAAAACCAUAAAAAAUGUUGUCAUUCCCCUUUCCGUAGCUUAGAAGUGUACCCCCUUCAUCUCACCCGCAGCC